UGCCAUCUUCGUGUGUGAUAUCGUGUCCAGGAGAGAGAGAGAGAGAGAGGAUAGGAUAGGAUAAUCAGAUAUGAUGAUGAUGAUGCUGAUGAACGGCGAAACCGCUCGUUCGAAUCCGACCAUCCAAGUCCCUCCCUGGGACAACUUCGACGAUCCAACAGCCACAAUAACCUCCCCAUUAUUCUCCUCCCCCAAUGCCACCAGUCCCAACUGCUCCUCCUCCCCCUUCGACGCCCUCACGGCGCUCCACCGCUACCUCCCCUCCAACAACUCCGACUUCGACAACGACUGCCACGAGUUCACGGCGGACGCCUUCUCCUGCGACCACUUCCGCAUGUACGACUUCAAGGUCAGGAAGUGCGCCCGCGGGAGGUCGCACGACUGGACGGAGUGCCCCUUCGCCCACCCGGGCGAGAAGGCCCGCCGCCGCGACCCGAGGAAGCACCACUACUCCGGCGUCCCGUGCCCCGAUUUCCGCAAGGGCCAUUGCUUUCGGGGCGACGCGUGCGAGUACGCGCACGGGGUGUUCGAGUGCUGGCUUCACCCGGCGCGCUACCGCACCCAGCCCUGCAAGGACGGGGCCCACUGCCGCCGCCGCGUGUGCUUCUUCGCCCACGCGCCCGACCAGUUGCGGGUCCUGCCGCAAACCAGCCCCAGACUCAGCGACUCGUACGACGGUUCCCCGAGUCGGCUCGGUUUCGACGCGUGCUUUGGGUCGUCCCCGACGUCGAUUCUGUAUUCUCCCACGGGUUCUCCCCCGUCUGACUCGCCGCCGAUGUCGCCGAUUGAUGGGGUCAACUCGGUGAGUGAGCUCGCCGCGUCGAUCAGGUGCAUGCAGAUUGGUGGGAAGGUGAGGGUGGGGAUGAUGAGUCCGCCUGCUGGGUGGGGGAUGCAAGUGGGUUCCGGGUACUGCUCGCCUCGCGGCGGAUCGGUUCUGCGACCCGGGUUCCUGAGCUUACCUUCGACUCCGACUCGGGCCCCGACUCGUUCUGGGCUAGGCGUGUUCGAUCUGUGUGAGGAGGAGGAGGAGGAGCCCGUGAUGGAGAGGGUGGAGUCGGGCAGAGACCUCCGGGCGAAGAUAUACGCGAAACUCAGCAAGGAAAACUCGCUCGGGCGAGUUGACUCGGCGGGUAACUCGGUGGCUGCUUGUCCUGAUGUCGGGUGGGUUUCGGAACUGUUGAAGUGAUUGGGUACGUACGCAUCUUUGGCGUGGUCCGGGUUGAUAUUGAUUGGUUUCGGGUUGGGUCCGGGUCAUGGGCCUUCUUAAUCUCUGACUUAUGUGAAUACUUUUAAGUAAAUGGUUACUGUUAAUUGCAGUUUAAUGUGUGUAAAUACUUGCUUUUAAGGAGGAGAUUAGGCGUUAAAUCUGUAUUUUGAUGUGGAGUUCUUUUUUUCUUUUUUUUUUGUGGGGAAGAAAUUGCAGCGUUUUGUAUAUAUAAAAAAAGAAGGGAUUUACUUAGGAGAAAAGUGGGGAAUAUCGUUUUGUUGGGUUGAUCAUUUUGAGUUAGCUGAAUUUUAUAAUAUGGAAUGAUUUUUAGUAGUA